AACGGUCUCCGUAGCCUUCAUGGGCCCAACCUAUUGAUUGUCCCUGUAUCCGCCACCGGAGGAGUAUCCGCCUCGGCCUCCACCGCCGCCACCACCACCACUCCUGUAUCCGCCACCACCUCCGUAGCCCCGAUCUUCGCCAUAACUGCGGCCUCCUCCGCCACCACCGUAACUCCUCUCGCCUCCACCAUAUCCACCGCCACCUCCACCGCCGUAUCCACCGCCACCUCGGGAACCUCUGUAUCCACCGCCACCUCCACGACCGCCACCACCGCCCUGGCCUGCCUCGUUCACACGGAUGGUUCUGCCGUCGAGAGACUGGCCGUUCAUUGCAUCCAUAGCGUCCUUCGCAUCCUCGGGAUUGUCGUACUUUACGAAGCCGAAUCCACGAGGCCUUCCUGUUUCUCUGUCCAUGAUGACAUCACAUUUGGAGAUGUUCCCGUACUUGGAGAACGCUUCUGCAAGAGAUUGCUCUGUGGUGUCGAAGCUCAGGCCACCGACGAAAAGUUUUCCUUCGUCGGACAUGUUUCUUUGUCUUUUGCGGACAGAACCAGAAAGAGCUGCUGCUUGGAGAGGAACGUCGACGGAAAAGGAAAUGGUAGCAUGCCGCGAAAUAUUAUAAAGAGUAAUUUGACUCCGCCCACAGUAAAACAAUGGAUGCGAUUGGUUGCAAACCUGCCGUAAACAGUGUAUCGUGACGUAAAGCACGUUUUGUUGAGGUAAAGCGCGCCAAGGAAAUGCUGCAGAUUAGAGCGUGAAAAGAAGCGCUGUUUUGUAUGUCAAUGAACACGUUCAUUUGGAGAAAAUAUUGAAUCGAUUCAAAUGGCAUCGACUAGCAAGAUACCGUUGCAGUCAAGAAAUUUGCCCUGGUAAAUUGAUUCCACUAGCUAGCCGGUGUCAGAUGCUAGCUAACUAGCUUAUUUGUUGCCAGCAAGCAAGCUACCUAGCUACGUUAGCGGGCUUAAUUAGCUCGCCGAACUUCAAUCAUUGUGUUAAUAUGUUUCCCUUGCCUAUAUACGGUGUAGCAAAGUGAUGUGUAUUUUAGUUGUCUUGUAUGUUCAUGGACAUCCCACCACCUCGUCCCUGCUUCCAAUGUAGCUACGCAUGCGCCGAUGCUGUCUGACAUCUUAUAUUUUUAUUUUAGGGUUGAGAAAUACAGGCCACAGACCCUAGAUGACUUGAUUUCUCACAAGGACAUAUUAAGCACCAGUAAGUAUGUUUUUUUCAGUCUUUGGAACAACAGGGAUGGAACUGCUCAUGUAGAAAACCUGACCCUUAUCCAUUCCAACAACAAUUCAUUUCAAAUGUAUGGUCAAAUCAAACUUCAUUUGUCACAUGCGCCGAAUACAACCGGUGUAGACCUUACAGUGAAAUGCUUACUUACACGCCCUUAACCAACAAUGCAGUUCAAGAAAGAGUUAAGAAAAUAUUUACCAAAUCAACUAAAGUAAAAAAAUAUAUAAAAAGUAACACAAUAACAAUAACGAGGCUAUAUACAGGGGGUACCGGUACCGAGUCAAUGUGCAGAGGUACAGGUUAGUCGAGGUAAUUUGUACAUGUAGGUAGGGGUAAAGUGGGGGGGUCAAUGUAAAUAGUCCUGGUGGCCAUUUGAUUAAUUGUUCAGCAGUCUAAUGGCUUGGGGGUAGAAACUGUUAAGGAGCCUUUUGGUCCUAGACUUGCCGCGCCGGUACCGCUUGCUGUGCGGUAGCAGAGAGAACAGUCUAUGACUUAGGUGACUGGAGUCUUUGACAAUUUUUUUGGCCUUUCCUCUGACCGCCUAGUAUAUAGGUGAUGUACUGGGCUGUACGCACUACCCUCUGUAGCGCCUUACGGUCAGAUGCCGAGCAGUUGCCAUACCAGGCGGUGAUGCAACCGGUCAGAAUGCUCUCGAUGGUGCAGCUGUAUAACUUUUUGAGGAUCUGGGGACCCAUGCCAAAUCUUUUCAGUCUCUUGAGGGAGAAAAGGUGUUGUAGUGCCCUCUUCACGACUGUCUUGGUGUGUUUGGACCAUUAUAGUUCGUUGGUGAUGUGGACACCAAGGAACUUGAAACUCUCGACCCGCUCCACUACAGCCCCGUCGAUGUGAAUGGAGGGCCUGUUUGGCCCUCCUUUUCCUGUAGUCCACGAUCAGCUCCUUUGUCUUGCUCACAUUAAAGGAGAGGUUGUUGUCCUGGCACCACACGGCCAGGUCUCUGACCUCCUCCCUAUAGGCUGUCUCGUCGUUGUCAGUAAUCAGGCCUACCACUGUUGUGUCGUCAACAAACUUAAUGAAGGUGUUGGAGUCGUGUUUGGCCACGCAGUCUUAGGUGAACAAGGAGUACAGGAGGGGACUAAGCACGCACCCCUGAGGGGCCCCAGUGUUGAGGAUCAGCGUGGCAGACGUGUUGUUGCCUACCCUUACCACCUGGUGGCGGCCCGUCAGGAAGUCCAAGAUCCAGUUGCAGAGGGAGGUGUUUAGUCCCAGGGUCCUUAGCUUAGUGAUGAGCUUUGUGGGCACUAUGGUGUUGAACGCUGAGCUGUAGUCAAUGAACAGCAUUCUCACAUAGGUGUUCCUUUUGUCCAGGUGGGAAAGGGCAGUGUGGAGUGCGAUUGAGAUUGCGUCAUCUGUGGAUCUGUUGGGGCGGUAUGCGAAUUGGAGUGGGUCUAGGGUAUCCGUGAUGAUGCUGUUGAUGUGAGCCAUGACCAGUGAAUGUAUUAAAAAUAAUGUUUUCAUGCUCAAAUGAACUAUAGUUGUGUUUUUUUUGUUGCAUGAGUGCAUAUGUAACAACAUAUUUGUCAUAACCAAUCCUCUUCUCUUUUCAGUCCAGAAAUUUAUCAGUGAGGACAGGCUGCCACAUCUCCUAUUCUAUGGACCCCCAGGCACAGGGAAAACAUCUACUGUUUUAGCCUCUGCCAAGCAGCUCUACAAGGAGAAGGAGUUCAACGCUAUGGUCCUGGAGGUAUGCACCAACUCAGCACUGAGAUGUAGAAUUAUCAAAGAGAAAUGCUCUGCUCAUAACACUGCACUUGAGGGUUGUUAUGUUUUCCAGUGAGCAAGAUUGAUUCUUAACAUUCAAUGUUAGUGUGCAGCAUACAUAACUGUUCUCGGGUGCAUCAAGGUUAUGCUCCAACGUAUGUGUUAUCAUAACAUAUUAUUGUUCUUCUUACAUGGUAAUGCAUGCAUUUAUUUAUUUUCAGCUUAAUGCGUCAGACGACAGAGGUAUCGAUGUUGUACGAGGACCCAUCCUGAGUUUUGCCAGCACCAGGACCAUAUUCAAGUAUGACAAUAAUGAAUAAUACUACAAAAUGUUUCCUUGCGGUCACUGAAAGGUCUGUAUUUGUAGAGAAGCAGGUCUCUUAGCUACCAGUAGUUGUCUACCAUAUUGCAAUGAGGUUCCCAGUCUUUUCAGUGAGGACAAGGAAACGCAAAAGAGGAUUGGACGUCUGCGUGUCACAGACAACCCUGACUUCAAUUGACAAAAUUAGUGUUUAUUUAUUCAUCUUUGUCUUACAGGAAGGGUUUCAAGUUGGUGAUCCUGGAUGAGGCUGAUGCCAUGACCAGGGAUGCCCAGAAUGCAUUGCGGCGAGGUAACCAUCUGUUUUGAGUGGCUCACCUGCUGUGUACCAACUGGCCAAAUGAGCUGCCUGCGUGCUAACCAGUAAUUCUCACUGAUGAAAAGAUCUGCUUACUGUAAAAUGGGACAUGAGACAACAAGCAAAUGUUGAAUGCAUUUGGGAGGGGUACCGCCUGAUUAUUUAGAAUAUUAAUGUGUUGCAAUUGCUUGUAAUAGAUGCCAUUGAUUUAACAGUUCAAGUUUUAUUUUCUACAUUUUAGGGGUGUAACGAUCCAUCUACUACAUCGAUGUAUCGAUUUAUAUUCCUAUGAUCCAACUACAUCGAUCUGUGCUCGGCGAGUUGGCCUUUUGGACAACAUAUAUCAAUCUAUCAUCGUUUUAAAAUGUAAUAAAUCGAUUGUAUCGAUACUAGGAAAUAACCCAUUGGAUUUAAGCACGUCAGACUUUAUAUGGAUGUUUUUUCUUAGCACUUUUAAUGAUAAAGGCUUUAAACAUUACUCGAUUCAGUCUGCCUAUCCGUGACGUGAUCGCCCCGCGCCAGCAGCAGCGCAAAGGCGCAAAGACAACAAAACAUAGCAUGGCGGACGACAGAGGAGAAGCCGACGAGCGAGAAAUUAUCAAGCCACCAUUGCGGUCCUUACAAGAAACAGGAAUCUAGGAAACUUCACCUGCACUGUCCAGUAUCCAGGUAUUUAUUUCAGUCACACUGGUUGAAUUUUUGGCUAAAAGGUUACUGAAUCGAUUUCAAGUCACUGAAUCGUUUCGGAUCGUAUCGUUCUAAAUGAACCAAUAUCGUCCUUGAAUCGUAUCGACAACCACGAAUCGUGAUACAAAUCGAAUCGUUGUUAAAACGAAUCGUUACACCCCUACUACAUUUUAAUGAGUGUAUGCCCACUGUCCCAUGUAGGUCAGUUGGUAGAGCAUGGCGCUUGCAACGCCAGGGUUGUGGGUUUGAUGCCCACGGGGGGCCAGUAUGAAAAUGUAUGCACUCACUAACUGUAAGUCGCUCUGGAUAAGAGCGUCUGCUAAAUGACUAAAAUGUAAAUGAUCGUCAAAUUAUUGACAUCCAUUUCUCACUCCCGGUCUCUCUACUCCUAUCUCUCUCUUCCUCUCCUGCAGUUAUUGAGAAGUACACAGAGAACACCAGGUUCUGUCUGAUCUGUAACUACCUUUCGAAGAUCAUCCCGGCCCUGCAGUCUCGCUGCACCAGGUUCCGCUUCGGACCCCUGUCUCAGGACCAGAUGAUACCCAGGCUGGAGUUUGUUAUCCAGCAGGAGAGGUGAAGGGGCUCAGGAGUUAAUGGUUCUGGUGGUGGGGGAAGUGAGAGGCCUGGUGGUGGGAGAGGUGAGAGGCCUGGUGGUGGGAGAGGUGAGAGGCCUGGUGGUGGGAGAGGUGAGAGGCCUGGUGGUGGGAGAGGUGAGAGGCCUGGUGGUGGGAGAGGUGAGAGGCCUGGUGGUGGGAGAGGUGAGAGGCCUGGUGGUGGGAGAGGUGAGAGGCCUGGUGGUGGGAGAGGUGAGAGGCCUGGUGGUGGGAGAGGUGAGAGGCCUGGUGGUGGGAGAGGUGAGAGGCCUGGUGGUGGGAGAGGUGAGAGGCCUGGUGGUGGGAGAGGUGAGAGGCCUGGUGGUGGGAGAGGUGAGAGGCCUGGUGGUGGGAGAGGUGAGAGGCCUGGUGGUGGGAGAGGUGAGAGGCCUGGUGGUGGGAGAGGUGAGAGGCCUGGUGGUGGGAGAGGUGAGAGGCCUGGUGGUGGGAGAGGUGAGAGGCCUGGUGGUGGGGGCUCCAGAGGGUAGAUCACUCUGUUCCUCAAGGAAUUUGGUACUGGCGUUGUAUGUAUUGUUCUUCCUCUUAUAUCUUCUGUUUUUUUGUUAUACUGUUUUGAUAUUGAAUACUGCACUGUUGGGAAGGGCUUGCAAGUUAAGCAUUUCACUGUACUUGUGCAUGUGUGAAAUAAAACUUGAAACUUACUCGAGACUAAUGUCUGCUGGGCUUUAUUAUUGCUUUUUAUUCAGAUAUGUAUGUAUGUCUGCUCUCGUCCCUGCAGCAUUGAUGUAACUCCAGAUGGAAUGAAAGCUAUUGUGACCCUCUCAUCAGGAGACAUGAGAAGAUCCCUCAACAUACUGCAGGUAUGGAAAACAUAUUACCUGUGUGUAGCUAAAUGUAGUUCAUUGCAUCACAGUGUUGAGUUUUUAUUGCUGGUCUAAAUGUAUUAGUGUAUUGACUAGUGGUGGGCAUCAAAAUCGCUAAUUCGAUAUGAUAUCGUUUGGUACACUAUAUAUCGUUUGGUACACUAUAUAUUACAUGACUGUUCCUGUAGGCAUUAAACUGACCUUCUCACAGGCUCUCAAUUUAGCAUACUUAUUGGCCUGCUGAAUAAUAGUUGAUUGUAUUCAAAGUGGUUAGGUAGGUUCAGGCCCCCAGGACAUUCACACCUGGCCCAAUGGGAUUUCACAAAGCCUUGGAAGUUAACAGAAGAUGAACACAGAUGCAAUGUUCUUGAUAAAAAACAUAUCUAUACUGAACAAAAAUAUAAACGCAACAUGCAACAAUUUCAAAGAUUUUACUGAGUUACAGUUCAUAUAAGGAAAUCAGUCAAUUGAAAUAAGUUUAAUUAGGCCCUAAUCUAUGGAUUUCACAUGACUGGGAAUACAGAUAAGCAUCUGUUGGUCACAGAUACCUUUUUUUUUUUAAAGGUAGGGGUGUGGAUCAGAAACAGUCAGUAUCUGGUGUGACCACCAUUUGCCUCAUGCGAAAACAAGUCAGUAUCUGGUGUGACCACCAUUUGCCUCAUGCAGUGCGACACAUCACCUUUGCAUAGAGUUGAUCAGGCUGUUGAUUGUGGCCUGUGGAAUGUUGUCCCACUCCUCUUCAAUGGCUGUGCGAAGUUGCUGGAUAUUGGCAGGAACUGGGACACGCUGUCGUACACGUCGAUCCAGAGCAUCCCAAACAUGCUCAAUGGGUGACAUGUCUGGUGAGUAUGCAGGCCAUGGAAGAACUGGAACAUUUUCAGCUUCCAGGAACUGUGUACAGAUCCUUGUGACAUGAGGUCAUGCAUUAUUGUGCAGAAACAUGAAGUGAUGGCGGAGGAUGAAUGGCACGACAAUGGGCCUCAGGAUCUCGUCACGGUGUCUCUGUGCAUUCAAAUUGCCAUUGAUAAAAUGCAAUUGUGUUCGUUCUCCGUAGCUUAUGCCUGCCCAUACCGUAACCCCACCGCCACUAUGGGGCACUCUGUUCACAACGUUGACAUCAGCAAACUGCUCGCCCACACAACGCCAUACACGGGUCUGCGGUUGUGAGGCCAGAAUGGACAUACUGCACAAUUCUCUAAAACAACGCUGGGGGCGGCUUAUGAACAUUUUAAAUUAUCUGGCAUCAGCUUUAAUGGACAUUCCUGUAGUCAGCAUGCCAAUUGCACACUCCCUCAAAACUUAAGACAUCUGUGGCAUUGUGUUGUGUGACAAAACUGCACAUUUUAGAGUGGCCUUUUAUUGUCCCCAGCACAAGGUGCACCUAUGUAAUGAUCAUGCUGUUUAAUCAGCUUCUUGAUAUGCCACACCUGUCAGGUAGAUGGGUUAUCUUGGCAAAGGAGAAAUGCUCACUAACAGGGAUGUACAUUUUACAUUUUAGUCAUUUAGCAGACGCUCUUAUCCAGAGCGACUUACAGUUAGUGAGUGCAUACAUUAUUUUAUUUUUGAUACUGGCCCCUCUGUGGGAAUUGAACCCACAACCCUGGCGUUGCAAACGCCAUGCUCUACCAACUGAGCUACAUCCCUGCCGGCCAUUCCCUCCCCUACCCUGGACGAUGCAGGGCCAAUUAUGCGCCGCCCCAUGGGUCUCCCGUUCGCGGCCAGCUACAACAGAGCCUGGAUUAAAACCAGGAUCUCUAGUGGCACAGCUAGCACUGCGGUGCAGUGCCUUAGACCACUGCGCCACUCGGGAGGCCAUGUAAAAACAUUUGUGCACAAAGAUUGAGAGAAAUAAGCUUUUUGUGCAUAUGGAACAUUUCUGGGAUCUUUUAUUUCAGCUCAUGAAACAUGGGACCAACACUACAUGUUGCGUUUAUAUUUUGGUUCAGUGUAUAUCGCUUAAAAAACUGCAACUGAUAUCAACUUUCCAUAUCGGUGCCCAUCACUAGUAUUGACCAUGUUAGACAGAUUCUGAGUACACUAAUUACGGUGGAUUUCUUUUUGUUAUUUCUAAUGACUGACUGAUUCCUUUCCCAUGUAUUUCUCAGAGCACCAGCAUGGCAUAUGGGAAGGUCACAGAGGAUAAUGUUUACACCUGCACUGGUCACCCACUACGAUCAGAUAUAGCCAACAUCCUGGACUGGUCCCUAAACAAGGAUUUCACCUCCGCUUACAACCGUAUCCUUUAUUCUCUCUCACAGCCAUAUGUAUUACAGACAUAUGUAUUACAACCAUAUGUAUUACAGCCAUAUCUAUUACCACAAGUUAUGUUUAGCCUACUCUCUUCAACAACCAAAUGGCUUGUUUUUCCCCCCACAAUGGUAUGUUUAUGUAUUGCCAAAGCAGCUCUUUCAAAUAACACAAUAUCGCCAAUGUAUGAUAUCUACAUACAUUACUGCAUUAUCUAGAAAUAGCUAAAUAGCCAUCUCAAAUUAGCAUAAUAUCUCCAAUAUGUGGUAUAUGAGGACACCUUGUGCUCAGCAGCGUCUACCUCUUCUAGGAAGUGGCUCUGAAUGCCUUGCUGUGGUGUAUUUUCAAGUGAUGUUAUUAGGUCGGUAUAGAAAGUAAAUUUCAGUGAUGUACCCUAUGUAUAGAGGAUCAUGUCAGAAAAGCACAAAUUCCUGAUUUUAAUCAGGAAGAAUCUCACCCCUAUAUGGGAUCAGGACAACAGAACAUCUGAAUGUUGGCUAGGUGAUGACACUGUAUGUCAGUUUCUGGUAUGUAUGGAUAUAUAGAGGAUCAUGUCAGGAAAUCAUGAAUUCCAGGAAUUAUACUGAAGGACAAAUCCCAUCCUUGAUAUUUGAGAGAUGUUCCUUAGCUUCUGAUCCAUAGAGAUUCUUCAGCUGAAGACGCUGAAAGGCCUAGCCCUGCAUGACAUUCUGACUGAGGUCCAUCUACUGAUACACAGAGGUAAGGACUGGAGGCAGUAAACCUGUACAAUGCAGUGGUUUUAGAGAUACUGUGUAUUUCAGACUUGUGCAUUUCCAUACUGUAUGGUAUUGCAUCACAGGCAGAAUCACUGUAUCCCCAAAGUCUGAAGCUGUAUUUAGAAAAUGUGUUAAUUGUGUGAAUUAUAUACUAGAUUAUGGACUUUAAAAAAAAUAUUGUCUGGCAGGGCUUAGCUUACUGUUAAUAUAUAUAUAUAUAUAUAUAUAUAUAUAUAUAUAUAUAUACCGGUAUAUAUUUAUUAUUGUAUAUUUGGUAGAUAUAUUCUGAACAGACUUCGCACAGCACAGUAUAUAAGAGGAAUGCUACUAGGUCUGAAUUUGACACCAUCUGCAUAGUGAUGUUUUCUUCCUCUGGUUUCCCGGGAGACCCCUCGCGGUUGCCAUGGCUGCCAUGGCUGCCAGUGUUCUCAUUGUAGAAUGAAUGGCUUUCCAAUGUUAGUGUGGCACGCAUCACUACUGCAACGUUUUUAGAUUUGGUUUAGAUUGCCUGUUUUCUUAUUUCUGAGGUUAUGUGUUUCUGUUUUCACUAAGCUGUCUUGGCAGAUUCAUCAGGGGUUACCAUAGAGGGCCUUUGAAUUAUAGGAUUGAUACCUGUUAAUUUUAUGAUGUGAUUUAUAUAUUUUUUGAGGGAUUUGGUACACUUCUGUGGUGUAUUUUAGAGAUGUCACUCCUUAUAUAAUGGUAAAAUGAUACAGAAUAAAAUAAUGGGGUUUCCUGAAUGGAAUACAGAAAUGGGAUAGUGAUUUUAGCAACGCAUUCGGUUACCUGUAGCUGCUUGGCAAAAGGAGUUUGGAGAGAAUAUCUUGUCUGUGGUACUUCAUCAAAUCUAAUGAUCUAUUAGCAUUAGGAAUAAAAACUGCAGUUCAUUAAUCGAUACAUAGAAGAGCGGCAGGUAGCUUAGUGGGUAAGAGCGUUGUGCCAGUAACCGAAAGGUCGCUGGUUCUAAUCCCCAAGCCGACUAGGUGAAAAAUCUGUCGAUGUGCCCUUAAGCAAGGCACUUAACCCUAAUUGCUCAUGUAAGUCGCUCUGGAUAAGAGCGUCUGCUAAAUGACUAAAAUGUAAAUGUAAAGGUAAUAAGAUUAACACCAAUGCAAUCAGCUUGUAUACUUAUUUAUCUGUUGAAGUCUGAUUGGCCGAGCUCCAGCUCAGUCACACCCACUUGAGUCCAAGUGUGAAAGAAGGCGGAGUUAGGUUCUGUUCAUAACAAAUUAUGUCCAUAACUGUCUGUACUUUAGCAGACGCUGUUUCAAUGUUCAUGUCAUUUCCUUGUGGUUCCAUAGAUACUAACAUUGACAUGGUAAUAAUGUCAAAUUAAUGAUUGCUUGAAACUAUCUGAAAUUCAUUAUCAAAAAAAGCAAAGUGAAAGACAUACUGUAGCAUAAUUACACAAUCAUUUUGUUACACUGGAUAUCAGAAAUACUCUUGGCCACUGUAUCCUUGGGUAAAAUAGAAUUUUAAGGUUUUUGUAAGUUUUAGUGUCCUUUCACUGUAGCAGUCCGGUCCCUUGGUGUCGACCAGGGUCUACACUCUGCAACAUCUCUUUGUCGUGCAAACGUAAGGGUCUUCAAUUGAUUGGGAACCAUUUGGGGAAGCCUCCACCGAUGCUAAUUCCUUUGACAUUCAAACUGUGGCCAUUUGGCAGUAGUCUGUAAUCUCAUUUUGAAAAGGAGGAAGAUGAGGAAGAAGGUUUUUUUUCUUAGCUGGGUGACUUCCUGGUGUGAGGUGAAGCCAUUGAAGAAGAAUGAGGAUCUUCCUCCCCCCAUGGAGAGGUCUCCUCCUGUGACUUGUGGAGAUUGGUCGACGCCUCAGUCCUGUGUUGAUUGAAGAUUGUAGAUGCAGAUUGGAAGGAUAAGGAGUCCUUCCUGGUCAGACGGUGUGGACCAGGUCUUGGGGGGUCGACUCAGCUCUAAGAUCAAUGCCACGGCAUUAACGUCGUUACAACAGUUCAUUUUAUGAUGCAUGUUUUGAGAGAUUUGAUACACUUCUGUGCUGUAUAAUAACCAUGUUUGUUGAUUUCUUACAGUGGACUUCCCUCCUGCCAUUCGGAUGGGCUUGCUUAUCAAGUUGGCAGACAUUGAGUAAGUGCGCAUAUCUUCAGUAUGGUGGUUAUAUACCCAUCAAAUUGUAUACCUUACUGAUCGUAAGUCCCUCUGGAUAACAGCGUCUGCUGAAUGACUUCAAUGUAAAUUAGGAUGACUAAUAUGGUACACUUAUUUGAUGAUGUCUUUUCUUCCUCUUCUAGGUACCGGCUGGCCUCGGGAACCAGUGAGAAGAUCCAAUUGAGUUCGAUGGUGGCAGCUUUCCAGGCAGUGAGAGACAUCGUGGUCAAUGAGGCCGCCUAGACCAGUGGCCCUCAGGCACCUACCAUGGUCCUGGAGAGCUACAGGGUGUACAGGAUUUUAUUCCAGCCCAGCACUAACACACCUGAUGCAAUCUAUACAUUGCUGGUCAAGACCAUGAUUAGUUGAGUUAGGUGUGUUAGUGCUAGGUUGGAAUUAAAGGCCUGCAUACCCUGUUGUUCACAAAAAAAAUACAUGUGCUUGUCUGCUCAAUAUUCCUGUCUGUAUGUACAUUUGAUAUCGCUUGUCUGUUAAAUAAAAUGGUUUCUUAUGUAAUCUAGUGUCUUGUAGACUGUCCGAAAGUCAUGGAAUAAGGUUUCAAUAGACCAAUUUACUGCACACAAUGCAAACUUUAGAUUUACUCUCAGCAAAUGUACAUUAAAUAACAAUACACGCUAUAAUAGUUAUAUAUUGUACAAUAUACAUCUAGCACAAAAAUAUAUAUUGGUCAUUCUUGAUAAGUCAUUUCCAUUACAUUUAUGUAAAUUAACUUGAAUAAUGUUAGGAUUCAAGGCUUUUAAGAGUUCAGUUGUAUGUUUGAGUAUGAUCACUAGCUAUUUGCAUCCAGUUGCAUUAGCAUUUUGACAUCCUGAGAGAUUUCCUUGGACAACUAGUUGAUCGGACAUGACUGAUUUAGUCUAAACCACAAAGUAGAACCCUUGCCUUCACCUAUCCAACCAUGUUAGAUCAACUCUAACUUCAGAGAAGGUCGGAGUGAAAGAUGCAUCCACACAGGGCCCUAGAAAGUCCCGUGACUUCUGUCAGACUGUUCCCACCAUUUUGUUAUGCUUUCCAAACAGAGGCAAAUAAUGAGCUCUCCUCCCUUGACUGUGCUAUCAUUAGUUAUUCAAUACUUCCAAACAACUGAAAAUCAUUUCAAAUGGAAGCCAAUAAGUAUUCUCUCAUUAUUCCCCAAACUCAUAAAUUUUUCCUCAGAUGGAGCAUUGUGUUUUGGCGCAGUCCGGCAUGUCUCUCUCUGUAGGUGAGGAACUCCAGGAUCCUGCGUGGGAUGGGAAGGGCCUCCACCUGGUGGGUGGAGACAGAGUGGUGCAGGGGUACAGGCUAGGCAUGGCCCUGGGUACCGUCCAGAACCUCACAUGGCCAUCUCUGGUCCUGCAACAACAAGCAGAGGAUAUUGGA